UGCGCUUGUCAAAGAGUUGUCUCCAUGGCAACGUUGUCAUAGUGAAGUUAUCAGGUACAAAACAUUCUGUGUUUGGGUUCAAUGCACAUGCCAAGAUCUGGGGGGCAAAGCUGGACACAGAGAGGCGCUGACGACACGACCAGGAUUUCUGAGUGAUGACGACUGCUGAACCUUGGGUCGGGACCUGGAGGCCCCACAGGCCAAGAGGACCCAUAGCUGCCCUCUAUGGUAGCCCAGGACCUAAGUAUGCUCUACCUGGUCUAACAGGUAUUUCUAAACACGAUCCUACCAAGUUCAAAGCACCCAUGUUCAGCUUUGGGAUACGUCAUGACCAGUCAGGUUCUGACGCCUCCCCUGGACCGAGAUACCUCAUCCCAUCCAACAUCACAAGGAGGGGCCGAGACGGCACUCCAGCGUUUUCACUUCACAGCCGUCGAAAGGAGCCACAACUGUUCCGGGCCCCUGGGCCAGGUCACUACUCCCCAGAGCAUUCAGAAAAGUCCGUCUUUCGCUCUUAUCCUGCUUAUUCUCUGUCUGCAAGGAGCACGGAAUUCAGCACUAGCCAAACACCAGGUCCAGCCUCGUACUCUCUGCCUCCAGUUCUGGGACACAAAACCGUGGUCACGUCUGCUGCUCCUACAUAUUCACUGAGUGGACGCAGCAAAAACGGCAGCUUCCACGAGGACCUGAAAAAGACUCCAGGCCCGGCUGCCUACAUAGUUGUGGACCCUUGCGUUUACACCAAGAAACCUCCCCAGUACAGCAUGACAGGCCGCCACUUUGUUCCUGGUGAAACCACAAAGAAACCAGGACCCGGAGCUCAUUAUCCUGAGCUGGUGACCUCCACUCGAAAAAAAGCUCCAAGCUUCUCGUUUGGUCUGCGCCACUCAGAGUACAUCUCGCCCCUCAUUGCAGAUGAGCCUGAAUAACGUCACAUAUCCACUCCUCAAGUUCACACGCCUGGAUCAAAUAAAGUGCAAAAAGAAAACUAA